AUGAAUCGACUUGCAGAUUGCAGGCAGUGUAGCCAACCAGGGUCAGGCAAAACCAAACUCCUGCUUCCUUCCAUCAUGCCCAAAGCAUUCCUGCUGCUGGCUGGUGCCCUGGUGCUACCUGGGCUUGUGCAAGGAGUCAUGCUGGGAAAUGAAGAAAAAUGGAAGCCCCUCAACAUUCCUAGAAACCGAGAUCUGUUUUUUAGAACUCUUCAGGCAUAUUUUAAAGGAAGAGGUCUUGACCUUGGGAGGUUUUCAGAUACUUUCUCCAUGAAUGAGAAUCCCAGGCCUCUCUCUUUACAGUCAGAACUUAUUGCUUCAGCAUUAGCAGAUUAUGAAGAACAGAAAAACUCCCUCUCCAAUUACCUCAAAGGCUGA